GCGGCAUGCUUACGUCUCAGUUACUCUUGCUUGUGCGACACUAAACGACAGCAAGGAGAGGGGGCGAGAGGUCCCAGAAAAACAAACAAACAAACAAACAUGGACAGGCAGCUGUAGAGACCCAUCUUGGAGCAAGGAUCAAGCAUGUCUGUCCACAUUAAAGAAGAAGUUGUUGAUUUGGAACCUGUCUACAUUAAAACAGAGGUUCCUGAGCUGGAAUCAGACUACAUUCAAGAGGAGGUUUUUGAACCCGAACCUGUCAGCGUCAAAACGGAGAUCCCAGCAGUGGAAUUUGCCCACAUGGAAGGGGACAGGGCUGUUCAGUUCUUAAGCUUCAAUUCCUGUCAACAUCACAUUCUGAAAGAAAGUGACAGUGGCAGUGAGAGUGUUGACUUUGAUGUGGAACAAACUGAGGAUGAUACACCAGAUGAGGAUGAGGAGGAUGAGGUGGACGAUAUGGAAGGACAGACAGAUAAGUCUUCCCAACACUGGCCUUCUACAAAACUCAAAGAGUUUGAAUGGUCUCUUGACCCUCCAGUAAUGGAGUUCAGUUUACCUAAAAUUGUAGGAGUGAAGGAAGGCCUCUCGCCCCAAUGUAGCAAAUUAGAAAAGGCAGAAGACUUUUUCAAGUUCCUGUUUGACUCUACCACAGUUCACACAGUUGUAGAAUGUACCAAUAAAAGGAUCGACAGAGAAGCGCGGGUGAAGCAUGACAGUGUUAUGCAGCACGUCACCGAACAUGAGGUUUAUGCUUUUAUUGGCGUUUGUAUCCUCCUUGGAGUGCUCCACAAAAGAAAUGUUGACGUCCACGAGAUCUGGUCAGAAAAAAAGGGCCAUUUGCAUAGGGUACACUGGGCGACUGUAGCAAUGUCACGCCAGCGGUUCACACUGCUGUCCUCUCUCCUUACAUUUGAUGACAUUGACACUCGAGCCAGCAGAUGUGCGCAGGACCCUGGAUUUUUCAAGAUGCAGGAUAUUUUUGAAAGGGUACGGAAGAAAUGCUGCACAGCGUAUCAACCAGGGGGCCACCUGACUGUGGAUGAAACACUCUAUCCCUACCGUGGCAAAUGCAGUUUAAGACGGCAUAUACCAAAGAAACCUCCACGCUAUGGGCUAAAGCUCUGGGAAAUGGUGGAUGUAGAGAGUGGCUACCUCUGCAACUUCAAUAUCUAUUUGGGAAAUAAGGCUGGCACCACGGCGAGAGAUCUGAGGAUGACUGCGGCAUUGAAUCUUGCUAAGCCAUUCUAUAACAGCGGCCGUAACAUUAGCACAGACAAACUGUUCACAUCUGUUGAGCUGGCGGAUAAACUGUGGCAGCAGGGCUUGACUCUAGUUGGCGCAAUUGAAAACAGAGAGGAGAUCCUUAAAAAAGCUCUACUCCCAUCUGGCCGACCAGCAAAAAGCACAGACUUUUAUUUUGCAAGUUACAGAACUUUGGUAUCCUAUGUACCAGAAAAACAGACGACAAUUAACCUUCUGUCAACUAUGCACCACGACAAGGUAGUAGAUACAAACACAGACCGCAAGAAACCACUUGUGUUGCUAUACUUCAGUAGCACAAAGGGAGGCUGUGCGACCUUCAACAAGACAGUAGAAGAAUUUUCCUGCAGACGCACAAUGCGGCAUUGGAGUUUGCGCCUCCUGCAAUACCUUAUCGAUGCCAUGGCUGCCAACACAUUUGUGCUUACCAGGAAAGCCUGGGGAUUGCAGAAGAUGACACAGGUGUUCGGAACUGAAAAGCAGCAUCGUAGGCACUUCCUAGAGCACCUUGCACAGACUCUAAUCCGUCCGCUAGCAGAGGUGCGGGGCAAGCAGAUGGUACAGAGCGCUCUGGGUUUUUCACGGGAUUAUUUGGGGAAGAAAAUGGCAAGAAGGGAGCUCAGUGAAGAGGCUGUUGCAAACCUCCUAGCGGAGUCUGGCUCAGAGUGUGAUUUUGUGCCAGAUGAUUCUGGCAGUGAAUAUGAGCCAAGUGGCACUUCUUCCAGUGAGGAGACCAACAGUGGCCAGGAAGAGGAGCCUAUGGAGACUGAGCCUGAGCCCCUGCAUGAACCCAGUACAUCACGUGGGCCUGGGCUGAGGGAUGGUAGAUUUCAGGUAUUCUACCACUGGACCCCCCCUAACAUCACCCAGCCCCAAAUACCCAAUUUUUCUGGCACACCAGGCACCAAGGUGAACACAACUGGAUUUACCCCAAUUAACUUUUUCCAGUUGUUCAUCACUGAUGACAUUUUUGAAUAUUUGGUAACCCAAACUAAUUUGUAUGGUCAGCAAUAUCUGGCACAGCAUUGCAACAACCUGGGGCCACAUUCUAGGGUGCGCAAGUGGGUCCCCACUAAUGCAAUUGAAAUGAAAAAGUUCUGGGGCUUAUCUUUUCUAAUGGGAUUAGGUGAUAAACCUAGAAUUGAUUUAUAUUGGUCCACCAACCCAGUACAUGCUGCACCAAUUUUUCCCUCCACAAUGAGCCGGGACAGAUUCCAGUUAUUGUUAAAGUUUUUACACUACAAUGACAAUGCUAAGGCUCUCCCGAGGGACCAUCCUCAGUUUGACAGUCUCUUCAAAUUACGGCCACUUCUAGAUCAUCUGCAAUAUAAAUUUAAAGAGAUAUAUACACCUGGCCAAAAUAUAGCUGUGGAUGAGUCUCUCCUGCUUUUCAAGGGGAGGAUUAUUUUCAAACAAUAUAUUCCCAUGAAGCGUGCCCGUUAUGGGAUUAAAUUGUACAAACUUUGUGAGAGUUCCACUGGCUACACUCAUCAGUUCAGACUGUACACAGGGAAGGAGACUCGGAUUGAGCCGCCUGGCUGCCCCCCUGAUUUGCAGACAUCUGAGAGAAUUGUGUGGGAUCUUGUUGUGCCCCUCCUAAAUCUUGGCUAUCAUAUGUAUGUAGAUGACUUCUGCACAGGGAUCCCUCUGUUUAGGGCCUUGUACACUUUAGAUACAAUGGCCUGUGGUACAAUAAGACCCAACAGGAAGGGAUUUCCUCGUCAAUUGGUAGCCAACAAACAGAGGCGUGGCAAAACCAGCGCUCUGCGCUGUGAGGAACUGCUGGCAGUUAAAUACACUGACAAAAAAGAUGUGUACCUCCUCACCACCAUCCACGAUGAGGCAACUGUAGCAGUUCCUGUGCGAGGGCAGGACACACACACAAACAAGCCCAAGUGUGUCCUGGACUACAACAAAUACAUGGGAGGCAUGGAUAGGUCAGACCAGAUGCUGGAGUCGUACAAUGCUGCAAGGAAGACCAUGGCAUUGUAUAAAAAACUUGGCAUGUACAUGGUCCAGAUCUCACUGUACAAUGCCUAUGUUGUGUACCUAAGUACUGCACCAGAGCCUCAGCUCACAUUUCUUGAAUUUCAGACCUCUGUGAUUGCCAGCCUUUUGUUUGAUACACAAGGAGUACCAGAGACUGAAAGAUCAGAAACUGUGGCAAGGCUUCGUGAACGGCAUUUUGUUCGAACGCUGCCACAGUCCGGGAGAAAAGCCAAUCCUCAGAAAAGGUGCCGUGUAUGUUCCCGCAACGGCAUACGGAGGGACACACGGUACCACUGUCCACGCUGUCCCUCUAAGCCAGGCCUCUGUUUGGAGGAGUGUUUUGAAAAGUACCACACAGUAUAUGAGUACUGGAAGGACUAAAUAAACCUUCAAAACCAUCCAACAUAACCACAGUUUACCUUGCAGUUGCCUUCAGGCCAGCUUUAUCGAAUGUGGCUUGCAGGUGGAUGUGCCAUGGAGGCCUAGUUCAUCAGCACAGCAAUGGUCCAGCGGACGAUGCUAUCUGUGUGAAAGAGGCAAAGACCAGAAGUCUAGGAAUUCGU